CUGGACACCACAGAUGUAGCCGAGCCGCUGGAGCUCUGUUUUGGUUUUUUGGCGUUCAGCGUUCAGUGUGUUUGUUCGUUCGCCAGCGUUAUUUUGAAAUAGAAUACGACGGAGCGAUAGCGUUCAAUAAACAUACCGCUGGUAGAUAAGGUGAAUGUUGAGCCUCCAGACGCGAUGGUGUGUCAUUGUUGUGCAUAUAACUGUAAAAACACUGCGAAGAACAAGAGUCUGUCGUUCCACAAAUUUCCGCUAAAAGACCCCACUUUGCUGAAAAAGUGGCUUAAAAAUUUAAGAUGGAAAGACUGGAAGCCUGCACCAAACAGUAAAAUCUGCUCCGUCCACUUUGAAAAUAAGUGUUUUGUUGAAGACGGGAAGAGAACAAGACUUCAUUCAUGGGCUGUGCCCACCAUCUUUUCAUUCCCAAAUCGAUAUCUAGAAAGAAAGGUUAAAAUCAAUCCUAGAAGCAAAAGAGCUUUGGGAAUUGUUGCAGAGUCAAAUUCACCUGAUCAGGCAGCACCUGACGCGACGACAGAAACCUCGCAGAAACCUUACUCAGAAAAACCUGAGCACAGAACUACAGAGAGUUCACAGCCGGACACGUCCGAAAGUAGUUCUAGCCCGACCAGAACAGACCCAAAGCAGCUGAUAGAACCGGAAAAAAGCCCACCGUGGACCAUCCUGGGUGAUGAAACUCUUGACAGAAGCAUGACUUUACCCAGUUUCUUCCACAGUGGAUACUGUCUGCCCAAUAACAUCCGCUGGGCUGGAGACAAUGAAUUGAAUAUUAUGCCGCAUGUGGCUUAUGGAGUUUUAGGACAAACGAAACCCCAUAUCAUUGAGGUUAAAGAGAGGUGGGAAUGGCUUGGGCUGGAUGUUAGAGGCCCGUUCUCUCCGACAGUAGACCAGCACACGCACAUCAUGACCCUGAUUGACUAUCACUCCAAAUGGGUGGAAGCUUUCCCUUUGACUCAGGAUCUCAGUCAGGAUGUGGCCAGGUGCCUCGCUGAAGUCGUCAGUCAGCAGGGAUACCCUCUGGGAAUUCUCUCCCGGCUCCCCAAGCGCAUCCUCAUGGAGGUUAACCGUGAAUUGAAGAAAAACCUGAGGCUGAAUUCAAACGCCUUAGUCAUUCAUCACCGUCAAACUGGUUACAUGGACCUGGUCACCGAGUCGCUUCUUAAUGAGAUGCUGGACGAGCUGGUGAAGAAGCACGGCAGAAUCUGGCACAUCCUCCUCCCUGCUGCCACUCUGCGCCUCUGCUGCACCACUCACCCCACGACCAAAGAGAAAGCCUUCACCCGCAUGUGUGCCAGUGACCCCCCGUUCUCAUCCGCACCCAGAGAGCUGCCUUACAGUGCUACUGAUGUUCGCUUGAGCUCUUUUGUCAUUCCUGCUGCUGACGCCAACAAUCUGGAAACAGGCUCAGAAACUUCGGUGCACUCUCUGAAGGAUCAGAGUUUCUCCCAGCAGAGAAACUAAAUUUUAUUUUCGUUUUUACUUGACCUCAAAAUUUCGCAUUCACUUUGCAGUACUGUAAAAUGUUAAAGGAAUAGUUCACCCAAAAUGUUAUGGAAUUUCUUUUGUUCUGGCGAACAC